AUGGAUCUCAGACAGCUGAAACAACUGUUGCAUGACAGACCUCUGCCGGAUCUCAUUGGCGCUAUAACCUACGAGUCUGAUAGACCGACACUCCUGCGACUUCUCGACUCGGAGCUCAGGCGGAGGGAGGAGCGCUUUCGGCUCAUCCAAGAGUAUCGCAAUCUCUUCGGCCCACCGGUACACGCUCUACCCCGUGAAGUUCUCGAAAAGAUCUUCUUCUUCUACGCCCUCGACGAGGAGUACAAGACCUUGAUAGAGCUACGCUGGACCCGCCUGCUGCUUGUCUGCCGGCGCUGGAGGGAUGUGGCAUGCUCCACACCUUUGCUCUGGAGUUUCGUCUCUCUGGAGCCCUUCCCCGUGUGGCCAAUAGGAUACGAUCCCGAACUUCUUGUUCGUCGGGUUGCAUUACAGCGGGAGCGCGUGGGCCGCCAUCCGAUGCGUGUAUGGCUAGACAUCGCAGACAUAUCACUGCACGACACGUUCUUCCGGCCAUACCAGCCCUUCUAUUGGAUUCCCAGCUCCCUGGCUCAUCUCUCUAUCAAGGGUCGUGGCCGCGCAUUCAACGACCUCUUCUCUAGCAUGAUGCCCCACGACUACCCUCUCUUGACCAGUCUCGGAAUACAUCACGGUCAGCUUGAUGAAUUACUCUUUAUCCCCGACGCGUUUAUAUCUCGACUCGCGACUCUGCGCCAUCUCAAGAUAUCGGGAGCACACGUCAACUUCCAUCUUCUGCACGAUCUACGUACACUGCAGGUGGACUAUUCAUUCCGUCCUAUCCAUUGCACGAUAGACGACAUCCUGGUAGCUGUCUCUCAUAAUCCCAGGCUGCAGUCUUUGGCCAUCACUCUUCCGUCAGACGCGUCGGCAUCAGCAAAUUCACUUCCGGCCAUUCAUCUAUCCGAACUACUUGAGCUUGCGCUCAGGGGUCCUUCCGGCCCAUGCGUUCAGAUACUGGGCCAACUCAAGUUAAGCGGAGGAUGCGUGAUAUCUUUCUCCGCAUCAGAUGAGAUAGACAUAUCGGCACUGCAGCCAUUGCUUGCGUAUCUUCGAUCGCAUUGCGCUCUACCGGACACCCCGACUAUCGCAUCACUUGCUCUUCAAAUGGACGCAGGAAGUUCUCGUGCGGUCGACAUCAGUUUCUGCGCAACCUCCACCGAACCCUUAUGUCGCCGCUUCCUAUUCGGUAGAUGGAUCUUUCAGCCGCAUCAUAUCCACAUCGUAUUGCCGGCCGAGGCCGAUGGACAAUGUGACGAGCUUCUCACCGCCAUCUUUGCCUACGUACCCGUACAACACGCAACGCUCCUGGAUCUGCGGCACCUGUCAUAUAUCGGUCACGCUCCUCUCCUAACCGUGCUACGCGGAUCGCCAAGUCUCUCCGUCAUCACAGGCAGUCUUGGGCUCUCUUCCAUCGACGGUGUCUUCUUGACGUUGCCAUCUCGCCUCGAGCAUCCUCAGGCUGGCAAUGUGCCAGCGCGGAUCAUCCUGGACGCCUCAUAUCUCACUCAGAGAGCUCGGCGGGCCAUUCCAGGUGUAGAAGCCUUCAAUAGGCAAAUAGCUGAUCUCGAACUUGCCCGCAGUCAUUUGAGGAAUAUCUUGGACUACUGCGCCACUGCAUGCGAGGCUGGGAAGCCUGUCGACGUUCUCGAGCUCGUCAACGACUGCGACGUGGGGGAUCCGGAUCGCAGGCCCUCCUACGUUGCCAACUUUCGUCGCGGAGACCUGUGGCGCAGCCUCAGAAUCGGUUUUGUGCGCAACGGCGUCAUACGGAACAAGUCUGUGGUGCUGGAAGAGCUACAAGAGGCACGGCGGGAAUGCCUCUCGCAUGGGGAGGUAUGGGACCCGGAGGAGACUCACCCAUACCUCGUCGACGAAUUGGACGAUCCCGUGGCGCUGGUGGGCCUUGCUGAUUAG